UUCCGCCCAUCAGUUGUUGGGUGAUUUGUGUUCUUGCUUCCCGUACUUCAAGGGGUGAGUGAAAGAUGGAUGCGCUUGACCAUAUGCUCACCGAUCCCCUGGAGUCGGGGGUGGGCAGUGGUGGGCGCAUCAUGGAAGAGUGCAUGCUGGGAAAAAGCCGAGUAAGCCUACCUGAGGACCUGCUGGAGGACCCAGAGAUUUUCUUCUCGGUGCUGAGUGAGAGCACGUGGUCUGAUGUGCUGUCGGACACCCAGCGGCAGCGUCUCCGCCAGUUCCUGCCUCAGUUCCCUGACAACUGCACCGCCCAGCAGGACAGCAUCAUCAGUGACCUCUUCAACAACCAGAACUUCCGCUUUGGAAACCCUCUGCACCUCGCUCAAAAACUGUUCCGAGAUGGCUACUUUAACCCAGAGGUGGUCAAGUACAGACAGCUGUGUGCAAAGUCGCAGAAGAAACGGCACCUGUACUCCUUACAACAGUACUACCACAGGCUGCUGAAACAGAUCCUUGUUUCCAGAAAGGAGCUGCUGGAGCGGGCGGGGCGCAGCGGCCCCGACCUGGCGAUGAAGCGGAGGUACCCCUCCCCGUCCCGUGGAGAGGCCCAGGAGCAGCGGGCCCGACGGAGGGUGUCCCGAAUACUGCGGGAGGUGAAGAGCGAGUGCGGUGACAGCAACGUGUCCUCUGAUGACGAGGAUAUGGGCUCCUGGCUCCCGGCCCCACCCUCUCCCUCCUCCCCCACGCCCACAGUCUCCCUCAGGGUCCUGCCCAGCCUCUCCACCCAAGACAUGAAAACCACAGAGAAGCCAGACCUCGGGGAGAAGGAGAUUAGAGCUAUGCUGAGGAGGCACAGGGAGAAGAGGAAACGGCAGCCGGAUCAUCCUGACCUGAUGACCUCGGAUCUCCACCUGACUGACAUCAUGUCGAGAGUGAACGUAGGUCGAAAGGGCUCCAUCGUAGCCCUGUUUGACUUGGCAUUGCCCAAGAAGAAGAUGAGAGAGGAGAAGAAAAAGAAGAAGAUGAGGCCAAUAAAAGUGGAGCCAGAAGAGCCCUGCGAUGUUCUAAUGCCCUCCGAGGCUCCGCCUCCCAGUGCCUCCAUCACUGCUGCUUUGCCAGAGGCCCCGCCCCUGCCGAUACCCAGCGUUAAGGAAGAGCCCAUGGAGGAGGUGCAGAACAGCCCUGCACUGGUGGAGGAGAUUGCUGUCAAUUUCUUCAAACUGUUGGAGGACAUCCUGAGAAUGGAGGGCCUUGCCAGCACUGCCACACUGGAGGAGAAGGUGCUACAGUGGCAGAGCUCUCCUGCCAGCACCCUCAACCCCUGGUUCUCCUCUGCCCCCUGCUGGUCUGAACUGGUAGUGCCUGCUCUACAGUUUCUAGCAGGAGAGAGUAAGGCGGGCGUGAUAUCCCUUCCCAGCGGAUUCUCCCCCCUUGUAGAGUUCAGAGAACACACUCAGCAAUGGAAGUGGAUUGGCGCCAACCAGGAUGGCGAGAAGGAUCUGAGCGCGCUCUGUCAGCUGUGGCUGGAGUCGAAGGACCAGGUGGUUGUCAAGCAGGAGAGCGAGGAGCUGGCCGAGCUGACUCCCCCGACCCCCAGAGUAUGGACAGACUAUGUGGUCCGACCCAGCACAGGGGAGGAGAGACACAUCUUCCAGGAGCAGGAGCAACAGCGCUACGACCAGCCCCACAAAGCCUUCACCUUCCGGAUGCACGGGUUCGAGUCGGUGGUGGGGCCGGUCAAGGGCGUGUUCGACAAGGAGACGUCCCUCAACAAGGCGCGGGAGCACUCUCUGCUGCGCUCCGACCGGCCCGCCUACGUCACCAUCCUGUCGCUAGUUCGAGACGCUGCCGCCCGGCUGCCCAACGGUGAGGGGACCCGGGCUGAGAUCUGCGAGCUGCUGAAGGACUCCCAGUUCCUGGCGCCUGAUGUCACCAGCGCUCAGGUGAACACGGUGGUGAGCGGGGCCCUGGACCGGCUACACUACGAGAAGGACCCCUGUGUGAAGUACGACAUCGGCCGCAAGCUGUGGAUCUAUCUGCACCGUGACCGCAGCCAAGAAGAGUUUGAGAGGAUCCACCAGGCCCAGGCCGCUGCCGCUAAGGCGAAGAAGGCCCUGCAGCAGAAACCCAAACCUGCACUGAAACCUAAGUCCAGCAGCAAGGAGGGCGGGGGGAAGACCCCCGGAGCCGGCGAGCCGGGGCAGAUCAUCAUUAGCGAUGCGAGCGCCAUGCCCGCCGCCACCCUGCCCCCGACCCCGACAACCCCCACGCCCAGCACGCCCGGCACGCCCAAGUCCCCCCUGGCUCCGGCAGCCGGCACGCCCACCAAGACUGGAGUCCCAGGAGUGGACAACGUCAAGCCUAGCCCCAGUGUUCUCCUGGUGUCCCCUCCCUCCAUGCCCCAGCUGGGCACCCUCCUCUCGGCCAGCCAGUCAGCUCCGCAGGCCUCCCAGUCUGCGGCCUCACAGCCUGCAGCUCGGGUAGUGGCCCACCCAGGAACGGGCCCUCUGCCUCAGGUGCGCGUGGUCACCGCGCAGCCCGGCCUGGCCUCCUCCCCCGGGAGCCAGCAGGCCACGGUGAUGCACCAGGCCCCGCACCAGAUCCGAGUGCCGGUCACCGUGGCGCACACCAAGGGCAUCACGCAGACGGUGGUCACCCUGCCGCUGAGGACGCAGUCCGGCAGCAGCCCCGUGCAGGUGCAGGCAGCGCGGGGUCAGACGGGCCUCACUGUCACCGGGCUGGCCCCCACCGUCACCGUCGCCAAACCCCAGACCAGCUCCCCAGGCAGCCCCGCCCACAACCCGGCCUCCCCCGCCGUUCUCCAGGGCGUCACCAGCCAGAACAUCAUCAAACAGGUGGCCAUCACUGGCCAGCUGGGGAUGAAGUCCCAGGGGGGCGCAGGCAUCCCCCUGACCGCCACCAACCUGCGCAUCCAGGGCAAGGACGUGCUCCGGCUGCCCCCCUCCUCCAUCACCACGGACGCCAAGGGCCAGACGGUGCUGCGCAUCACGCCUGACAUGAUGGCCACCCUCACCAAGUCGCCCGUCACCACCGUCAAGCUCACCCCGGACAUGCUGAGCGCCGCCGCCACGGGGGGCAAGGGCCUGUCCGCCACCCUGCACGUCACCCCAUCCCACCCCUCAUCCCCGUCCUCCACCGCCCCCGCCGCCUCCGGGGACCCCCAGGCGCUGAAGGGCCCAGCGGGCGGCACCACCCUGGUCAAAGUCCACCCCGAGCUGAAGGCGGCCGCCGGCGACACCGCCAUCCGCCUGAUGCCCGCCCUGGCGGUCACCGUGGCCGACCAGAAGGCCAGGACCUUCUCAGCCGUCACCUCCUCCGAUUCCAAGCCGGCCGCCACCAUCCGCAUCAUGCCGGGCCUGGGGGUCAUUCCGCAGAAGCAGGGCCAGACCAUCACCGUGACGACCACCACUGGCACCAAGCCGGUGCCCGCCGCCGCCUCCUCCGGGGCCGCCACCGUCACCAUAGCGACCAGCGGAGUGGCAGGGGCCAAGGGUGUGACCAUGGGCCCCGCGGCCUCGGGCUCGCCCCUGUCGCUGGGGACGGGCACAGCCACAGUCCGGCAGGUUCCUGUCAGCGCCACCGUGGUCUCCACUCAGCCAGGGAAGCUGCCGGCACGUAUCACAGUGCCUCUGUCUGUCCUUAGUCAGCCUCUGAAGAGUAAGAGUGUCGUGACGACUCCCAUACUGAAAGGAAACAUCAGCACGAACAUCAGCAGCCUGGGCAGGAACAUCAUCCUGACCACCAUGCCUGCCGGCACCAAGCUGAUCGCUGGGAACAAGCCGGUCAGCUUCGUCACAGCACAACAACUGCAGCAGCUGCAGCAGCAGGGGCAGGCCACGCAGGUGCGGAUUCAGACAGUCCCCGCCCAGCAGCUGCAGCAGCGCACGGCCGCCGGGUCCCCCAAACCCGUGUCCACCGUCGUCGUCACCACAGCGCCCUCCCCGAAAAGGACACCGGACCCCCAGUGAGGUGCGGCGGACCAGAGGAACAUGCGGCAUCGCAGCGCACGGCCCAGAGACAGACAGACUGAUUCUGCUGUCCUCACACUCGCCUCGCUAAACCGGGCCCAUUGUAACAGCCCUGCUCUAAAGUGCAGUUUCUGCCCGUGUGUGCUCUGAAGUAGAAACUACAUAUAUUUGCACUGUGAAAACCUAAUGUAUCUACGCAAAAAAUGUCUGUUGCUGUUUUAUGUUGUUUUUGGUGUUUUGGUGUUGUUUUUUUGUUUUGCUUUCCCUGGUGUCAGAUUGUUUGGGUCAGUCCUACUGGGAAAUAUUAAGAGGUGGUUUUCCUGUUUGUUGUUGUCCUGGAUUUCCUUAUAUGGAAAUUAAAGGGGUGGUUGUUCCCUUUUCUCAUGUUUGGAUUCUGUGGAAACAUUAGCUACCUGAGAAUGUUUCCCUUGUUUACUAUCAAUGUGCCAACGUGAAACUGAAUUAGUGUCCUGCGUUACACACCUGUCACGUGUCUCUUUCUGUCACGGGCAAGAGUGACCACAUUGGGCUCUCUGGCACAUUAGUGUUAGUCAAUGGACACGUGCUUUUCUGGUAUCAAUAA